GUCUUCGUCAUUCACUGGCAAGCGGCAUACCCAAGCAGCGUGUCAUCGGCGUACGAGUGUCAACUAACUAACAGAAGCAGAAGAAGCACAAGAAUACUACUACAUACAUACAUAUGUUAACGUAACAUUGUGUACGCGUGUUGAUUUGACGUCUUCGUAGCAACGGCAAUUUCGUAAAUUCAGUUGUUGACUGGCUGUCAGCGCGUUAACAGCACUUUCUUUCUUUGUGCAAUUGAAAUUGAAGUGUUUUUUGAUUGUUUUAAGUGUUUUGUUAAAGUUUUAAAUUAAGUAAAGUAAAAAAGUUCCUUAAAAAUGUCUUUCACACGCGAACAACUGGAAUCGGCGAUGAGCGAGAAGUUGUCCAAGUCGGACACCAUCAAAUUGCGAAACAAACAUAUUGGUCAAGCUUGCCAACUAUUCUAUCGUUCUGACCCCUUGAAAAUUGUACGUGGUCAGGGUCAGUAUAUGUUCGAUGAGAUGGGCAAUCGUUAUUUGGACUGCAUCAAUAAUGUGGCGCAUGUUGGCCAUUGCCAUCCGAAAGUGGUGCGCGCUGGCAGCCUACAAAUGGCCACCAUCUCGACGAAUAAUCGUUUCUUACACGAUGAACUCGUGCAAUGUGCCAAAACUUUGACCAGCAAGAUGCCCGGUGAACUGUCGGUCUGUUUCUUCGUUAACUCCGGUUCGGAGGCCAACGAUUUGGCUUUGCGUUUGGCGCGUAACUAUACCAAGCGACGUGAUGUGAUCACACUUGAUCACGCCUACCACGGCCACUUGACCGCAGUUAUGGAGGUCUCACCGUACAAAUUCAAUCAACCUGGCGGUGAACCAAAACCCGAUUAUGUGCACGUAGCACCCUGUCCCGAUGUCUAUCGCGGCAAAUUCGUUGACAAAGAACAUCCCGGCGCCGAUAUGGCGCAGCUGUACUGUGAACCCAUUGUCGAGGUUUGCAAGAAAUUGCAAGCACAGGGUAAAGGUGUAGCCGCUUUCAUCGCUGAGAGCUUGCAGAGUUGCGGUGGUCAAAUCAUACCACCACCAGGUUACUUCCGUGCAGUCUACGAUGCUGUGCAUGCCGCCGGUGGACUCACCAUUGCCGAUGAAGUGCAAGUCGGUUUUGGACGUGUUGGUACACACUACUGGGCUUUCGAGACACAAGAUGUGGUGCCCGACAUUGUAACGGUCGCCAAGCCAAUGGGUAACGGGCAUCCAGUCGGCGCUGUGGUUACCACACCAGAGAUAGCGCAUGCCUUCUACGCCACCGGUGUGGCCUACUUCAACACCUACGGUGGCAAUCCGGUCUCUUGCGCCAUUGCUAAUGCAGUAAUGCGCGUUAUCGAUGAAGAGGGUCUGCAGGAGAACGCACGCAGUGUUGGCGACUAUUUGUUGAAGAAAUGUUUAGAAUUCAGCACUGAAUUCGAUAUCAUCGGUGAUGUGCGUGGCGCUGGACUCUUUGUUGGUAUUGAAUUGGUGAAGAACCGCGAGACACGCGAACCGGAUACCAAGUCGGCGCACUGGGUUGUCAAUCGCAUGAAGUCGUUGCACAGAGUGCUCGUGUCCUCUGAUGGACCCAAUGACAAUGUCAUCAAACUAAAGCCACCCAUGUGCUUCAAUCAGGAGAAUGCCGAUGAAUUCCUGCAAGCUUUCCGCGAAUGUUUGGCCAUGCUCGUGAAGGAGGGCAACGAUGCGCCAUUCAUGAUUGGCGCUGAUGCCGAGCAGAGUACGAGCACGAUGUUCGAGAAUCGUCAAAGACUCAUCAAAUCGUCGUAAGGGCUUGCUUGUGGGUUUAUCAUGUUGAUAAAUUUUGGUGGGGUAGUCAGUUAAGUGUUGUAGUGAAGAAGAAUAGAGUGUUUGUUUUAUUAAUAGUGUUUUGUAGCCAGAUCAAUAUUGGUGCCAUAGUGUUUAAGUGUAGAUUCUUCGUAGAAUUAUGUAUAAUGGAAUUAAAAAAAAGUCUUUAUGUACUAUAUAGUGAAGUAGUAUAUAAUAAAUGAUAUAAUAUACAUAUAUAAUGUAGUAACUGUA